AUGCAAUGUCAAGAAUUAUUCAUGGCUUUCGGGUCUAAUGAUGACUUGAUGCCCUUCUUCUUCUGCGCAGCCGCCGCCGCUGCUGCUGCGGCCGCAGCUGCUGAAACGUCUCUCGGGAGGCCGCCGGCGCCCAUGCCCAUGGCGCCCAUCGCGUUCUUGUGCAAACUCUCCUGGCUGCUGUGA